AAAGCUUAAUUUUUGAAAAUUUUUUAUUUACAAUAAUUUUGUCUUUAGUUCCUAUCACAUGCUUUUAUUUUUAUUUAUUUACUUUAUACCGGUUUAAAAUGUAUUUUGCAUAUUAGGGGGUAAAAGCUUUUACUAUUUAACCCUUUCCUGUUUCCAUACAAUGCAUUUUGGUACAUAUGUUGAUACUUUAAAAUAAUUAGAAUUUUCUUUUUAUCUAACAACUUUAAUCUGUUAUAUUUCAAGUCCGAAAUGUGCUUUUGGACAUAAUUAUAUUAUUGGAGAAAGCUAGAAAUGGAUUUGAAUAGGUGAAAGAAAUAUUGGAUUUCUCCAUCAGAGAAAAUGUCUUUGGUUGAAAAGGGUGACAUGUGUGAUAACUUCAACUAAGCAUGCAGAAAGAAUGGCAAUUAUAUUAGAAGUUCUAUAAGAAAAGAACAUUUUAUAAAUAUGGCAAAAGCAGUUUUAGUUUCAUCUGCUAAAUGUUUUGAAGGCUUCCAGAAAGUUUAUCGUCAUAUUAGUAACAAAUUAAAAUGUGAGAUGAAUUUUUCAUUGUAUCUGCCACCACAAGCUACAGAAAGGAAAUGCCCAGUCCUUUAUUUUUUAUCAGGCAUGACUUGUAAUGAAAGAACUUUUAUUGAGAAAUCUGGAUUCCAGCGUUAUGCUGCAAAGCAUGGUAUCAUUGUGGUUGGUCCAGAUACUAGUCCUCGUGGAUGCAACAUAGAAGGUGAAGAGGAUUCUCGAGAAUUUGGUUCCAGUGCUAGUUUUUAUUUUGAUGCUACAGAAGAAAAGUGGAAGAAUAAUUACAAAAUGUAUUCCUAUGUUACCAAAGAGCUACCAUCACUAAUUAAUCAAGAAUUUCCUAACAAUGGAAAGUGUGGAAUUUCUGGUCACAGUAUGGGUGGACAUGGAGCACUUAUUAUUGCUCUCAGGAAUCCUGAAAAAUAUGCCAGUGUUUCUGCAUUUGCUCCCAACACUAAUCCAUCUGCUGGUAUUAUUGGGCAGAUGGUUUUGACUGGAUACUUGGGCUGCGAUCGCAGUUCCUGGGCAGACUGGGAUGCAACCUUACUAGCUAAAACUUACAGAGGGCCAGAAAUGGAGAUUCUUAUUGAUCAGGGCACUGAUGACUUCUUCUUGGUAGAUAAUCUUAAGCCUCAGAAUUUCAUAGAUGCUUGCAAAGGAACCAGAAUUAAGCCUACAUUACGUAUGCAGCAGGGUUAUGAGCAUAGUUACAUGUUUGUUUCGACCUUUAUUGGAGACCAUUUCGAUUAUCAUGCAAAAUAUUUGUGCCAAUGAUUCACAAUUAGUAUAAUUAAAUAAUUUUGAAUGAAAUUUAGUUUAUAUAACUUUAUAAAAUAUGAUUAUAUUUCUUCUUGAAAUGAAAGUUAUUUUGAAUCGAUUAUGAUAAGAUAACUGAAUGAAAAUGCUUUUAGUAACAUGAUCAAGAUUAUCAUUUCUUUAUAUAUGUUUUUAUUGCUCAAAUGUUUGAAUUAAUUUAUUUCUAUUGAAGCUCAGAUUUGUUUCUGUUAAGUCAAAACUCAGUGUUCCUCUUUUAUUUGUAAAAUGUUA